AUGGUCCAAUACUCUGGUAUUUACGGCGCAUAUAGCCCCCAGAAACGAAGUUGUUCUCUAAAAAUUCUCUUUUUGAUGUUAGGAUCGAUGAUAGGGUUCUUUUUCUGCACCAUAAAGCAUUCUCUGCUACCUAUGAGUCCUAAAACAAUGACACAGGUGGCUACACCUACGAAAGAGUUGUCAUUCUCAUGUUUCUCUCGACUUCCCUUGGAGCUCCGCAACAAAAUAUGGCAACUAACUUUCGAAGGACGAACCGUCACUCUACACGUUCAUACUUUCAAUCAAUCUUGCUACUAUCGUUCCUCCAUCCCAAGAGGAAUCAAGAUCACUCUCGAUUUAGUACAAGCAAACAUGCCAAAAACUCUACGCGUCAAUCGAGAAAGUCGGAAAGUAACUCUUUCUCAAUAUAAAGAUUUAAUUAAAAAUCCGGCGCUAUUUCGCGAUCCAGUAUACUUCAAUUCGGAUCUCGAUACCAUGGCCUUGGAAGUAUACUACCCAACACGACCAGGGAAAGGUUACAGUUGGGUCCGUCAGAAAGGUGCUCGCAAUCACCAAAAGAUCUCUCUCGAUCUGAGGGACUUAGCAGAGCGCGCACCGAAUGUUCUAAAAAUGGUGAAAUCUCUCUAUCUUCCUAUGAUCAUGCUCGACGGAGAGCCUGCCACAACUUACGAAGGGGUUUUACCCACAUGCUGGAACGGCAUGGUACAAUUCCAUGAAUUAGAAUUGGUUACAAUUACGGGAAUAGAAAGUGACUUCCAACAUGGUAUUCCAGUAGCUUACGCGAAAAGCGCUGCCAAAUACUUCCAGUCUUCUUUCGAGAAAGAAAAAAACCGAUGCCCUGACUGCCAUGUACCAAGAUUGAACAUGUUCCCACUGGACGACGACAACGAGAAAGCGACGGGAUCAAACGAUUACUUUCGGUUCACGGGAGAUGCUCGUUUCGAGGAUGAUAUAGUUGGAGGAUCGUGGAACUUAUGGUUUCAGGAACCAGAAAAUUCUUCUGUGGUCAAUAGCGGCAGAGAACGAUACGAUGGUGGAUUUGUUCAAGAAAGUAUUCAAGAUAUUGACGCCAUUAAGAAUGACGAAAAGAGAAGGAAUCACACCAGCGAGAUUCUUAGGGCAACGAAUGAUGGAGUCACUGUGGCGAGCGAGUUUAAUAAUUCGAGAUGGUCGACCGAGGGAGGAUGA